AUGGCGGGCGAGGGACGCGGGUCGCGUGCUCAGCUGUUGGAGUGCGGCGACUACAUGCAUCCUCAUAAAACUGCUACACCGCGCUGCUGUUUAUGGCUAGCCAGCCACAUCAAUGUUAGGAAGUGUGUAGCCGGCGUUAUGCUGCUAUCAAUACUCACAAUAUUUUUCUAUACAUACUACGUGACGGCACCGAUAACAAGUUUAGUGUGGCGCGAUCGUGUACCGCGACCGUUGUCACAAUGCUCACUUCUGGCAUCCCAGCAGCAAACAGCGCGCGACCAUCGCUCAGAUGCUCGACUCCGCAUAGACGCUAAAGUCCUAGUUAUAGCGGAGUCCUUGUAUUCUAGACUUGGAAGAGACAUAGCUGAACUGCUUGUCGCUAAUCGGAUUAGGUACAAAGUAGAAGUAGCUGGUAAGAGUCUGCCAGUGCUUACCACUUUAGAUAAGGGCCGUUAUGGAGUUAUCGUGUUCGAGUCGCUAUCGAAAUACGCGAACAUGGAUAAAUGGAAUCGUGAACUUCUCGAUAAAUACUGUCGAGAAUACUCGGUUGGGGUCGUCGCUUUCGCAACACCGGGGGAGGAAAGCCUUGUUGGCGCUCAGCUGAGAGGAUUUCCACUCUUCAUGCAUACCAAUCUGAGGCUUAAGGAUGCAGCCCUUAAUCCAGCGUCACCCGUACUCCGACUUGCUCGAGCUGGUGAGACGGCCUGGGGUCCUCUACCAGGCGAUCAUUGGACCGUCUUCAGAGCCAAUUCCUCAACAUACGAACCAGUAGCAUGGGCUCUAAGACAGAACGAGUACGGCUCCAACGAGGAACGUCUCCCUUUAGCGACUGUAGUUCAGGAUCAUGGUCGUUUGGACGGAGUACAGAGGGUGUUGUUUGGGUCUGGUCUUCAGUUUUGGCUUCAUAGGAUCCUGUUCUUGGAUGCCCUGAGCUAUCUCAGCCAUGGCCAGCUCAGCCUCAGUUUGGACAGAUGGAUACUAGUGGAUAUAGAUGACAUCUUCGUAGGAGAAAGAGGUACACGUCUCCACGUUGAAGAUGUGUCAGCGCUAUUGGCGUCUCAGACAGCCUUACAACGACUUGUCCCAGGCUUCAGGUUCAACCUUGGCUUCAGUGCCAAAUAUUAUCACCACGGGACGCUACUUGAAAAUAUGGGAGAUGACGCGCUCUUAAAGAAUAGAGAGCACUUCAACUGGUUCUGUCAUAUGUGGAAUCACCAACAGCCCCAUUUGUACAACAAUGUGUCCCAACUAGAAGCCGAGAUGAUGUUGAACAAGCAAUUCGCUCUGGAGCACGGUAUUCCUACUAAUUCGUGUUAUUCGGUGUCGCCUCACCAUUCUGGAGUGUAUCCUGUUCACGAGCCAUUGUAUGAAGCUUGGAGGAAAGUAUGGGAUGUCAAGGUCACCAGUACUGAAGAAUAUCCUCAUUUACGACCAGCUAGAUUGCGCCGCGGUUUUCGUCACCGCGGUGUUAUGGUACUACCGCGUCAGACCUGUGGUCUUUUCACUCAUACACUUCUUCUGGAGAGAUAUCCAGGAGGUAGACAGCGUCUCGACCGCUCCAUACAAGGCGGAGAAUUGUUCCAGACAGUUAUUAACAACCCGAUCAACGUUUUCAUGACUCAUAUGUCAAACUAUGGGAACGAUCGUCUUGCGUUGUACACGUUUGAAUCCGUCGUUAAGUUUCUAAGAUGUUGGACGAAUGUGCGUCUAGCAUCGGCGCCACCGUUGUCACUAGCUGAAAAAUACUUCCAACUGAGACCAGACGAAUUAAACCCGCUAUGGGGGAACCCAUGUGAUGACAUCCGUCAUAGAAAAAUUUGGUCGAAAUCCAAAUGGUGCGAGACGUUACCUAAGGUUUUGGUAAUAGGUCCCCAGAAAACGGGAAGCACAGCCUUAUAUACUUUCCUUGCAAUGCAUCCAGCACUAGUGCCGAACCUACCCAGUCCGACUACGUACGAAGAAUUACAGUUCUUCAACAAUAACAAUUAUCUUAAAGGAUUAGAUUGGUACUUAAAUUUCUUCCCUCCGAGCCAAAACAAUGGCAGUCAGAUAACUUUUGAGAAGUCAGCAACUUACUUCGAUGGGGAUUUGGUACCACGACGCGCCCACGCUCUGCUACCAAACGCCAAGAUAAUCGCCAUACUUAUAUCGCCAUCGAAAAGGGCGUAUUCGUGGUAUCAACAUAUCCGUUCUCAUGGGGAUGCCGUCGCUAACAACUACACCUUCCACACGAUCAUCACAGCCAACGACUCAGCUCCGAAGCCAUUAAGAGAUCUCAGGAAUCGUUGUUUGAACCCUGGGAAGUACAGUCAUUACCUAGAGCGUUGGCUAGUGGAGUAUAGUCCUCAUCAGCUUCACGUGAUGGAUGGGUCACUACUGAGAUCUGAACCGGCUGCAGCGAUGCAUGGACUACAGAAGUUCCUUAAGAUACAACACGUCGACUACGAUAAGUUACUGAAAUACGAUCCCAAAAAGGGUUUCUUCUGUCAGGCUGUUAGCAACGAGAAGACGAAAUGCCUGGGCAAGUCUAAAGGCAGAAUAUAUCCGCCUAUGGAGGAGAGAUCCGCUAAAUUCUUAAGGCGGUACUACACACCUCAUAAUACAGCGUUGUCCAAACUGUUGGUCAGACUCGGCCGGCCGGUACCACAGUGGCUGAAAGACGAAUUAACGAACGGAUAA